AUGAGCUCCCGCGGCUUAGCUCCGGCACCUCCGGCCAAGAACGUGGUGGUGUAUCGCAACGGUGACCCCUUCUUCCCCGGGAGGAAGGUUGUAGUGAACCAGCGGCGGUUCCUGACCUUUGAGGCGUUGCUGAAUGAGGUGACCAAGAGCAUUCGUGCGCCCUUGGCCGUGAGGAACCUCUACACACCCAGGCACGGCCGCCGUGUUGCUGAGCUGGGGGACCUGCAGGAUGGGUGCCAGUACGUGGCUGCGGGCUUUGAAAAGUUCAAAAGGCUUGACUAUUUAAAUCGCGGAAGGAAGGAGCUCGGUGGGACAAGGAACAGCGACGGUCUGCGGUUCCGCCCCGUAGCUCCCUGGAAGUCGAACGUCUUGGCGCGAUGGCAGAAGCACACCCACCUGCCCUGCAUGAUACAUGUUUUCCGGAACGGGGAUUUGCUAAGCCCUCCUUUCCCACUGCCGCUCCCCAGGAGCACCCCGCCGCAGUGGGACGCGCUCCUGGCCACGCUGACAGAGAAAGCCAACCUGCGCAGUGGAGCCGUUAACAGGCUCUGCAGGCUGGAUGGAACCCAAGUGUCUGGCGGGGAGGAGCUGGUGAAUGGCGAUUACUAUGUGGCAGUGGGAAACGAGGAGUACAAAAAACUGCCUUACUUUGAGCUGCUGGUGCCCCAGCAUUCUGCGAACAAGACGCUGUGGAACCACCCGAACAGGAGGCGCAAAAAACACGGCAGAAGGCGGGACAGUCGCAGGGUGCAGGCCACAGGAGCUGCGGAGAAAGACAAGAUCCCAGCUGCUCUUCCACAGCUGCAAAGGCAAGCCAGGAACUCUCGCCUCCAAGAGGAAGAGUCCAUUUUCCACGCUAAACCUGUCCGUGCAGGACAAAACAGAAGGAGCAACAGGAGUGUGCAGCACCGGCCUGAUCAAGAAGAAAGCGUCUAUAAAACCAGAGAUCCUAGGAAGGAGAUGCGAGGUGCCCAGGAGGUGAAAGAGGACGAACACGCAAGCGUGGACAUACCCAUUGAUCAGGUCUGA